AAUCGGAGUGGCUAGGUUCUGUGUAAGGGCCCAUCUGUUGAAGGGGGCAGGGAAACAAUUGAUGGUGCUAAUUUGAAAAUACUUUUAUUUUUAUACUUUUUACCCCCUAGUCUGCACUUAGAGUCUCAUGUCUAAUAUUUAGACAUGAAGAGCUUUGUGCAAAUAUCCUCUUUGCUCUCCCUCCUUGCAGUGACUUACCCUCUCUUUAUUUUGGCACAACAACAAGAAGUUAUACAAGGAGCAUGUACAUAUCUUGGACAAGUUUAUGCUGACAGGGACGUUUGGAAACCAGAACCUUGCCAAAUCUGCGUCUGCGACACUGGAGCCGUGCUGUGCGAUGAGAUCAUCUGCGAUGACGUGACUGAUUUAAAUUGUGAAAACCCAGAGAUCCCAUUUGGAGAAUGUUGCCCCGUCUGUCCAUCACAACCAAGUCCUUCACCAGGGCAAAAUGGUCAAGGACAAAAAGGGGAUCGUGGACCCAAAGGUGACCCUGGUUCUCCUGGCAUCCCUGGCAGAAAUGGUGAGAACGGCAGUCCCGGUUUCCCAGGAUCCCCGGGUACUCCUGGGCCCCCCGGAAUUUGUGAGUCCUGUGGGUCGGCAGCCGGUGGUGGAGAUAUAAACUUUCGUCCUCAGUAUGAUUCCAAAUCUGGAUAUGAUACUAAGUCAGCUGGCCAAGGUGGCCAAAGUAUAAUGGGACUACCAGGACCUCCUGGUCCCCAAGGACCUGCUGGAGCCGCUGGCCACCCAGGAAGUCAAGGUUACCAAGGCUCCCCUGGUGAGCCCGGACAGGCCGGAUCUCCUGGACCUGCAGGCCCACCAGGACCGCUAGGCCCUGCCGGUCACCCCGGAAAAGACGGAGACCCUGGCCGCGCUGGCAGACCCGGUGAGCGAGGGCUGAUUGGUCCCCCUGGCAACAGAGGACCACCGGGAAUGUCCGGCUUUCCUGGUAUGAAGGGCCACAGAGGCUUUGACGGAAAGGAUGGUUCAAAGGGAGAUUCCGGAGCUCCUGGCCUCAAGGGAGAAUCUGGCGCUCCUGGUGACAACGGAUUACCUGGUGCACCGGGCCCAAGAGGACCAUCUGGUGAAAGAGGCCGCAACGGAAGUCCUGGCAGUAAUGGUGCCCGCGGGAAUGACGGCGCUCCCGGUCCUUCUGGCCAAGCUGGUCCUCCAGGUUCCCCGGGUAGUGCAGGAUUCCCUGGUGGUCCAGGCCCCAAGGGUGAUGCUGGAUCUCCUGGUUCCCGUGGCUCUGAUGGCGCCCCAGGCUCUAGAGGCGAAAUAGGACCUCAAGGUCCAGCAGGUUUAACUGGCCCUGCUGGUGCUCCUGGCAGAGAUGGAAAUCCAGGUGGCAAGGGAGAAAUUGGUCCUUCUGGUAUCUCUGGUGCUCCUGGUCUUAGUGGUGCUCGAGGUCUUCCUGGUCCACCAGGUACCAAUGGCGCUCCUGGCUUACGAGGUGGUCCGGGUGAACCUGGCAAAGACGGUUCAAAAGGAGAGGCUGGCCAAAGGGGAGAGCGCGGAGAAGCUGGAUCUCCAGGUGCACCAGGACCUGCAGGAGAAGAAGGCAAGAGGGGAACCAAUGGUGAACCAGGUACUAACGGUCUACCUGGAACCGCAGGAGAAAGAGGUACUCCAGGUUUCCGUGGUCCACCAGGUAGUAAUGGAGGCCCGGGUGAAAAAGGGCCUGCUGGAGAACGUGGGCUUCCUGGCAGUCCUGGACCAAGAGGAAUAGGUGGGGAAUCAGGAAGAGAUGGAAGUCCUGGUCUACCUGGAAUGAGGGGUUCUACAGGAAGUCCAGGUAGUCCUGGAUCUGAUGGCAAACCAGGACCUCAAGGUCCUUCUGGAGAAUCUGGAAGAUCUGGCAACCCUGGUCCAUCAGGUCCAAGAGGCCAACCUGGAGUCAUGGGUUUCCCUGGUCCUAAGGGUUCUGAGGGUCAACCUGGUAAGAAUGGAGAAAAGGGUGGUCCCGGAUCCCCUGGAUCACAGGGUCUUCCUGGAAAGAGUGGAGAACAAGGUCCACCAGGUCUCGGUGGAGCUGCAGGUCCUCCAGGAGAACGAGGGGAACCAGGAGCAUCAGGUCCACCUGGUUUCCAGGGCUUGCCUGGAACCGCUGGACCCCCUGGGGAGAAUGGAAAGCCUGGUGAAGCUGGUCCAAAAGGAGAAAUUGGUGCUCCAGGGAACACAGGUAACAAGGGUGAAAAUGGCAUACCUGGUGAAAGAGGAGCACAAGGUGGUCCUGGAACUCCCGGAACUAGAGGUCCUGCCGGGCCUCCAGGUCCAGAUGGCUCAAAGGGACCUGCUGGCCCACCUGGUCAAUCGGGAGGGAUGGGACCUCCUGGUCUACAAGGAAUGCCAGGAGAACGAGGAGGUUUUGGAAAUCCUGGGCCAAAAGGUGAUAAGGGUGAACCUGGAGGCAAAGGUGGGGAUGGAACUCCUGGAAAUGAUGGGAUGAGGGGUCCCUCUGGCCCUAUUGGUCCCCCUGGUCCGGCUGGUCCAACCGGAGAGAAGGGUGAUGGUGGUCCAGCCGGGCCUCCUGGUUCUGUUGGCACUCGUGGUGGUCCUGGAGAACGUGGCGAGGUUGGUCCCCCCGGUCCUGCUGGCUUCCCUGGCGCACCUGGUCAAAAUGGAGAACCCGGCGGUAAAGGAGAGAGAGGUGGUAACGGAGAAAGGGGAGAGCCCGGGCCUCCAGGUCUCGCCGGUCCUUCAGGUGGUCCCGGUCCUGCUGGCAACCCCGGUCCUCAAGGUUCAAAAGGAGAUCGCGGUUCUCCAGGUGCAAUUGGUGGAGCUGGAUUCCCAGGAGCUCGUGGUUUACCCGGUCCUCCAGGAUCCAGUGGGAAUUCAGGCGCCGCAGGUCCUCCCGGUCCCGCAGGAAAAGUUGGUCCUCCUGGUCCAUCUGGCAGUGCUGGUGCUCCUGGUAAUGUUGGUUCUGCAGGACCAAAGGGUGAACCUGGUCUUCCAGGUCCAGGCGGCCUGCCCGGCAGUCGUGGAGAACCGGGUACUCCAGGUCCUAGUGGUCUUAGUGGAACUCCCGGCUCUCGUGGUAUCGUAGGUUUGCCUGGCAUGCAAGGUCCUUCAGGGGCCAGAGGCCCUCCUGGAACACCGGGUACAUCUGGUGAAAAGGGAGAGAAAGGGCCUUCCGGUGAACGCGGUCAACCAGGUACACCGGGUCGCGACGGCUCUAAUGGUGUAUCCGGAGAGAGUGGGCGAGAUGGAAAUCCUGGCACCGAUGGUCAGCCUGGACGCGACGGAUCCCCCGGACCUAAGGGCGAUCGCGGAGAAAACGGAAACGCUGGAAAUCCUGGUCCUCAAGGUCACCCCGGUGCUCCAGGCACCGCCGGAGCUGCUGGCAAAUCAGGGGAUAGAGGAGAGACUGGUCCUUCUGGUCCUGCCGGUCCUUCUGGUCCUGCUGGUGCACGUGGUGCUCCUGGUGUCCAAGGCGCACGUGGUGACAAGGGUGAAGCCGGUGAACGCGGUACCAAUGGAAUUAAAGGCCAUCGCGGAUUUCCUGGAAACCCCGGUUUGCCUGGUCCUCCUGGUUCUUCUGGAGAGCAAGGUACUGCUGGAUCUCCUGGUCCUCAAGGUCCUAGGGGUCCAUCAGGCAGCAAUGGUUUACCCGGUAAAGAUGGAACUAGCGGAUACCCAGGACCACUUGGACCCCCAGGUCCCCGUGGCACCAGAGGAGAAACUGGUCCAGAGGGCUCAAAUGGGCAACCUGGACCUCCAGGACAACCAGGUCCCCCUGGUCCACCCGGUUCUUGUUGUGAAGAAGGUGCUCGUGGACAACUUGGUAUGGGUGAGAAAGGACCGGCAAUGCCCUAUUAUGGUGACCAAGCAUCCGAUACCACUAGUACUGCUGAGAUUAUGACUUCCCUGAAAUCAAUCAAUAGCCAGAUAGAAAACAUUAUCAGCCCGGACGGCUCAAGAAAGAACCCAGCGCGUAACUGCCGGGACCUCAAGUUUUGCCGGCCAGAGUUGAAGAGCGGAGAAUAUUGGAUCGAUCCAAACCAAGGUUGCAGAAUGGAUGCCAUUAGAGUGUUCUGCAACAUGGAGACUGGAGAAACGUGUAUAAAUGCCAACCCCAGCAUUGUCCCACAAAGGAAAUGGUACAGCAGCGAGCGAAGUGAUAAGAAACACGUUUGGUUUGGCGAUUCCAUGAGUGGUGGCUUCCAGUUCAGCUACGGAGAUCCAGAGCUCCCAGAAGAUGUUACUGAUGUGCAGAUGGCGUUCCUCAGAAUCCUGUCCAGCAGAGGCUAUCAGAACAUCACCUACCACUGCAAAAACAGCAUCGCCUACAUGGAUGGGGAGAAUGGAAAUGUGAAGAAGGCUCUAAAAUUGAUGAGCUCCACCGAAAGUGAGCUCAAGGCCGAAGGAAAUAGCAAAUUUGCAUACACAGUUUUGGAAGAUGGUUGCACAAAGCACACAGGAGAAUGGGGUCGGACAGUAUUUGAGUACAGAACGCGCAAGACGAUGAGGUUGCCUAUUGUCGAUAUCGCACCUAUGGAUGUUGGUGGACCAGACCAAGAAUUUGGUGUUGAAGUGGGACCUGUAUGCUUUUUGUAAAUUUAGGAUAUUGCUUAAUUUUAAACCACGGCAAAUGAUCUGCACUCCAUUUCUCUCCCCAUUGUAAUUUUGUCAGCAAAAUAAACUGUGUGCCAGUAAUUUAUUUUCCAAACAACGUGGAAAAGAAAAAGGGGGGGAUCAUUGGAUGGAGAGGGCUAUAUUUUUUGCAAUAACACAAAACUAAAUGCUUUUGCUCUAUUUUUUGUACAAAUUUUUUUGUAUUUUCAGAACAUCCGAAUGGUGCUAUAACGAAUAAAAAAAAAAAAGUAGAAAUUGAAUAUUGGAAACACUGUGUAAUGUAUCUCCUACAUUUUUGGCCAAUUUCCAAAGCACUGAUCUUCUGUCCGUUAAAUUCCACCCAUCAUUCUAACCAAGAUGAAGUUCCCACAUACAGAAAGAACUUCCAUGUCUAAACUACCUCAUCAUGGCGGAAUAUGGGGAGAGUUUGAUGAGGCAGUAGAGGAUGGCAAGUCAACUCUGUACAGCUAAUAUUUGGCUUCUAAUGUAAAUUUGCCAAUCACGGAUGGUAUUUUGUAUAGAAUGUAUUGUCAAUAAUUGAUCAAUCAAAGACAUUUAAUGUUGCUAGGUGCUUUCUAUACUUUCCUGUCAUUGCUGGCCAAGACCACUAAAAUAGAAGAGUAGAUUACUGAUCGGACAUCAUGGUGCUAAAUGCUAAUAUGUUUCCACUCUAAUACUAUGUGUCAAAGUAAUACUGAUGAGUAUGAACGAAAGGGAAUAAAAUAAAAAAAAGUUUCACAACCAAAGAAAAA